CCUGGUUAAAGGAAUGAUUUUCGCCGAAAUUACGCUGGUGAUGGUACCUCUAUUUGCGCUCGUGUCCUAUAUAUAAAUUAGAAUUACACUUGGACUAAAAAAUUAAUUAUAACUAUAAUUAUAACUACUAUACCUAUAGCUUUAAUACUAGUAAAUUAUUAAUUGACCAAAUAUGUCAUUACUUAUUCCUACCCAUAAUGAUUAUGUAGAUGCACAUGGAGCCUUAGAUGAAGAACAAGAAUUCUAUAGACAAUUUGAAUUAGUUAAAGAUCAUAAAGAUGAACAAGGUAAUUAUAAGUACCCAUGGUCAUUUGAAGUAGUUGAAGGAUUCUUUAAACAAGCUGAUGAUAAUACUGAUGAUGCUAAAUUCAAUUAUGCAGUAGAAGAUUUUGGUAGAUUAAAAUCUUGGCUGGAAAUUAAACAAGAUCUUCAAAAGUUGAAUGAAAAUGCUGCAUCAAAUGAACAGUAUAAAUUAAUCUUCUUUGCCAGACAUGGUCAAGGUUAUCAUAAUGUUAUAGUUGAGAAAUAUGGUAUAGAAGAAUGGCACAAGCAUAGAAGAUUCCAAACAACUGAUGGAGAAUUAACUUAUGCUCCAGAUGCAAGUUUAACCCCAGUAGGAAUCAAACAAGCUAAAGAAAACAAUGAAGCUUGGAAAAGAGAACUUUCAUUAGGAGCUCCAGUACCUAGUAAGUUCUUUGUAUCUCCAUUACAAAGAUCAUCUCAAACAUUGGUAUUAACUUGGAAUGAUCUUAAACCAGAAUCACUCAAACCAUUAAUUACUCCAUUAAUUAGAGAAACAAUGGGUGAAAGUUUAUGUGAUAAGAGAUCACCAGUGGCUGUCAUUAAAGAAAGAUUCUCCAAAUAUGGUUUUGUUAUUCCUGAAGAUAUGCCUGAAGAUGAUAUAGAUUUUAGGAAUGAUUUAAGAGAAACUAUGCCUGAACAAACAUUUAGAGUUCAUAGUUUCUUACAAGGUUUAUUCGAUGAAGAUAUUGAUUCAGACAACAAAGUGGAUAAAGAAUCAGCUCAUGCAAAUACAUUUAUUUCAACAACUUCUCAUGCUGGUACUAUUAGAUGUUUUAUUGUUGCCUUGAAACAUAGACACUUCACCAUUUCUACCGGUGGUAUGAUCCCUAUCUGUAUUAAGGGUACCAGAAGAGUAGAUUAAAUUAAAUUUGUUUUAAUAAGGAAAAAAAAAUUAAAAGUUUACAAUAGAGAAGAAUAGAUAAAUUUACUAGAUAUAGAUAAGUUAAUUAAUUAUAUAAUAAUACAUUAAUAGAACAUAAAUUAUAAAUAAUAAAUUUUAUAUUAUAU